AAGAGGAAGCAGAACAGCUGAGAGUAUUGUGUAAACGCAGGCCGUCAAAAAAUUUGGCCGCACGCAUUUUUUCAUAAUUGUAAAUAAGUAGUUUUAAAUUCGUAAUUAAGACAUGUUGCACAUAUUGCGUCAGCGCCAUUGGGCAAUAGCAAAUGCCGCUCAACGUUGCCUACACACGACUACCAGCCGGCCGGGCUAUAUUGUUCUUGUGCCUGAAAUCGGUGAGGAGGGUCAAUUGGGUGAAGGCUUGCUUAUGCCAAAUGGCUUGCCGGCAUUUACCGACAUUACUAUCGAGAUGUGCCUGGGAGCAAUUGGACAGCAGGCGGCCGCCGUCGAGAAAUCGGUGAAAGCCCUGGAGCUGGAUAUAAAAAAUGGGAAGCAACUAAAAGGCUCUGAAAUAUACAGUGAACUGGAUGCAGUUACAGCCCCGUUGGAAACCACAUGGGGUAUAGCAAAGGCACUUUAUCUGGGUAACAGCACGCUAAUACCCACCAAAUCCUAUAUGAACAUACACGAGCGGGCGCGGAACGCGCGUGCUGCCAAGUUCUGCAACAAAACGGUCUAUACAGCCCUAAUGCAGCAAGAGGACCAAACAGGCGAGGCAGAGCAACGAUUGCGCCAAAAAUUCCUGCUUGAGGGCAAAUUGAAUGGCCUGACGCUGAGUAAGGAUGGUCAGGAUGGCCUCAAAGAGUUGAUUACCCAGCUGGGACGGGAGCGUGGCAACUUUAAGAACAAAGUUAAUAUGGCAGUACAUGCGUUUGCACAUGUCAUCAACGAUUUUCAGCUAGUUCGGGACUUUCCAGACACCUUACUGGAAGCCACGGCGCGAGAUCCUAAACAGGCACUCGAAGGCCCUUGGAAAAUUACUCUACAGCAGCCGAUUGUGGAGGGCUUCCUUAAAUACUGUCCAGAUCGCCUGCAGCGCUGGAAUGUGUGGCGCGCCAAUGUUUUGAAGGCAUCCCAGCAACAAGAUAAAGCACUGGAGAAUAGCACGCAUUUGGAGAAAAUUCGUGGCUUGCGCAAGAGACAGGCCAAUCUCCUGGGCUAUACCAACUAUGCAGACAUGUCCAUGCAAACCAAAAUGAUUGGCAGUGUGGACAAUCUGAAGCAAAUCUUUGCCCAGCUGCUGAAAUUUGCGGGUCCUGCGCAAAGCGUUCAGAUAGAGGAGGUGCAAAAGUUUGCCACUGCAAACGGUGCAGAGCAUAAGCUAGAGGCAUAUGAUGUGAGCUACUGGGCACGCAAACAACUCAUAGCCGAGCAUCAGCUACAGGAAGAAAAGCUGCGAGAGUAUUUCCCACUUCCACGUGUGCUCUCCGGAUUGUUCGCGCUGAGUGAAAAGCUAUUUAAUAUACGCAUUGUAGAGCAGCCCAAGACUGAAGUCUGGCAUCCGGCUGUCAAAUUUUUCAAUGUGUACGAUAAUGAUGUGAGCAACAGCUCGACACCGGUUGGUGGCUUCUACGUCGACUGCUAUUCGAAGCAGCACAAGUUCGGCCGCAACAAUGGCUGGAUGGUUGGCAUACGGAAUAGAAACAAAACAGCUAACCUUACUCCGCUCUGCGCACUUAUCUUCAAUUUUACAGAUCCCACUCCGGAGAAGCCUACGCUUCUGAGUUAUGACGACUUGCAAAUGGUAUUUAAGACCUUUGGUACGGCGCUGCAGCAUCUGCUAACCCAAGCGGGCUACAGCGACUUGGCAGGACUCUCUAACAUCGAGUGGGAUGCCUCGCAAGUGUCGGGCUAUGUGAUGAGCAAUUUCCUGGACGACACUGCUGUGCUUCAGACUUUGUCUGGCCACUAUGCCAAUGAUGAUAUAAUUGAUAUUGAGCUUGCGAAGAAGACACGUCUGUUGAAAACACAAUUGGCUGGGCAUAAACUAUGCAAAGAAUUGUACUUAGCUGACUUGGAUGUGGAGCUACAUCGCUCGAGCGCGUUUUGGCUGGAUGUUGUACGUAAGAUUUGGCCAGUCUAUCAGUGUAUGCCGUUGGAUAAGAAGGACGCUCAUCCCUGCUCCAUGACAGACAUAUUUGCUGGCGACUGGGCGGCCGCACAUUUUAGCCACUUGUAUUCCAAGCUGAUUGCCGCUGAUAUCUCGAGUGGAUUCGCAGAAGAGCGCAGCGAUGAACACUACGCUACAGUGGGUAAACGGUAUAAGCAAACAUUUUUGAGCUAUGGCGGUUCGGUGCCUACGGCGGAGGUAUUCCGUCGUUUCCAGGGUCGCGAUCCAUCAGUGGUGGCGCUACUUAAAUCGCUGGAUAUAUUUAUUACUUCCCAAACCACGGAACCCAAUUAGAUCGUGGCCAGAUAUCACUGUUAUCUGUUGUUAACCAUUUAGUUUAGAAAAUGAUGGCAUUAAUAAAUCGAUUUGCCACGUUUGUCGCGUUGGAUUAACUGAUUAUCGAGUCAAUAAACGACUUCUUAUCGUGCGCAUUGAAGAGGGCGAUAUCAACUCAGGUGUUCGUCAAUGUUCAUGACCGAUUCG